CUGGCGCCGCAGAGCAAGCUCCUUCUAGCCCUCUCUUCCUCCAACACUUGUUGCUCCCCUCUCUUCCCCUCAAGCCUCCCUCCACUGAAUCUUUUGCAGCUCCGGCCGUGGGAGUCAUGCACAGCUACAGAGCCAUGCACCCGUACACACACCCGUACCAGCACCACCACGCCACCACCGCCGUUCCCAGCAACAAGCAUGGCAAUGGCGAGCAGGACGACGAUCCGUCCAUGCUUCUCCUCUCCCUCUGGCCUCCCGGCCACCACCACGGCGUCGCCGCCUCGCCGGCGUGCUCGCCUCCCUCCAUCUCCACUACCACCUCCAUGGCCGCCAGCGCUGCUUCUUACCCUUGGCUCAACCAUGGUCAUUACAAUGGUGUCGGAGGAGGGAGCAGCAGUAGCUGCCACAGUAGCUUCUUGUUUCAAGAGCAGGACCCUGAGGUGUCCAUUUCGCUCUCCAUAGCCCCUCCUUCCAGCAACGCGGCUUCUUGCGGCGGGGGCUUCGCCAUGCCGGUGGCAACGCCGUCUACGGUGACGACCAUGACAGCAGGCGGGAGCAAGGUGCCCAGGCAGUACUGGAUCCCCUCUGCCGCCGAAAUCCUCGUCGGCUCGACGCAGUUCUCCUGCGCCGUCUGCAACAAGACCUUCAACCGCUUCAACAACAUGCAGAUGCAUAUGUGGGGGCACGGGUCGCAGUACCGGAAGGGCUCCGAAUCGUUGCGCGGCGCGACCACGGUGGGGAAGGCGCCGCCGGCGUCGCUGAUGCGCCUGCCGUGCUACUGCUGCACGGAGGGUUGCAGGAACAACAUCGACCACCCGCGGGCGCGUCCGCUCAAGGACUUCCGCACGCUGCAGACGCACUACCGGCGCAAGCACGGCGCGCGUCCCUACGCGUGCCGCCGCUGCGGCAAGCGGUUCGCCGUGCGCGGCGACUGGCGCACGCACGAGAAGAACUGCGGCAAGCUCUGGUUCUGCGUCUGCGGCUCCGACUUCAAGCACAAGCGAUCGCUCAAGGACCACGUCCGCUCCUUCGGCGGCGGCCACGCGCCGCACAUCGUCGAGUCCAUCACCAUUCAGGACGACGAGAACGACGACCACGACCACGACGACGCCGACCAGAUGGACGACAACAGCAACGCCAGCGACCCCGGAGACAUGGUCGUGGUCUAG